AUGGUCCAACUAAGUCCAAAAAAUCAAGUCUCAAAACGGGCCCAUGGCCAUACAACUUCUGUGACCCAGAAGCCGCCGGCGGCGGUGGCUGGCCUCACCCGAGGGCCCAGCCCCACAGCAGCCGUCCCAUCCCCUUUAUUCCCCUCCCUACGUGUUAAACUCACCCCCACCAGCUUGGACAGGGUUCCCUCUGGGACUCCCUCAGCUCUUAAUGAGAAGGCUCCGUUGUCGUCCCCGUUGUCACAACGGCGUGUGGCUGGACGGGAUCUUUCCAAAGGGGGGAAUUCCCCUAUAACAGAGGCUCACCCGUCUGCGACGCAGACAGUGAAGGCACACGACUGGACUUCGCGUCCUCCCAACGGCGACGGGCUUCUCAGCCGUGGCGAGGCUCCACCCUUAAGGGCAAUGAGUGGCUACGGAGCUCGGGCGGCGGAUCCAUCCAACUGGUCCCAAGUUGUCCUAGGAGUCACCUCGGGGCUCGUGUUCGUGUUUGUGGUGGGUUUCUUCUACACCAUUUUUACCCUCGUGCGGCCCUACGGGAAGAGCAUCGCGACCAGUGUGUUCUUGUCCAUUGUGCUUCACCCCCAAAAUCGACCACUGGUGUCACUCAAUGUUGAAUGCUGUAUGGAUCGCAUGCGCCGCAUGCAACAUUCUUGGGCUAAAUAUGGUUCGCUUUUCUAUAUCAUAGGCUCCUGGUUUUCUCUCGUCCACUUCAUAUCCUUUGUAAUGAUGCAAUGUGUCAUCUUUCUAGGUCUGGAUAAAAUGCGCAUAUCAUGGCCCCAACGUCACGGGGGAUUCCUUCAAAGGACUAAGGCAAAGGACGAUGUAUCCCACUCGGAGUCUUCUAAGAAGAACCUUAUGAAGCGUCUGCUCGGCUCAACCCUCGACAUGGACUAUUACUCGCAAUCAGAAAAUAAUGAGCAGCCCCAAUUACUAGUUGCCACUAAAGAAGGGCGACUAUUUUUACGGUGUCUCACUGUUUGUGUUGUCACGCUUUUUUUCUAUAUAUUAUUGGGGAUACGGCAUUUCGUCUUAAUGCAUGUUAUUCUACUUCUUAUUUUCGCAUUUUUGGUCCUUUUCAUGCAGCAACGUGCCUUUAUUGAGAAUAUGACACAUCUAUGGAAAAUGGCGCUAUUCACCAUUCUCUUGGUUGGUCUCUUCAACAAUUUUACCAUGGAUAUACUGAUGAUCCGUGACGCGGUAAAGCGAACUAAAACAUCGGUAGUUCUCAAUAGCAAUGUGAUGAGUGCGGCGCGAGGGGCUAGUGGGGCCUCCUCCACCGGUGCACUGUGCCCACAUAAAUUGGGGUCUACGAAUACCACCGGUGAGGAGAUCCGACCGCUGACCUGUACAAGCAUCUUUCCACAAUCACUGCCUUCAGCAAAUUCUCCUACAAUUUAUCCGGGCUCCGAGAAUGGUGAUACAAAUUUGAUGAAUCAAUCGAAUGCUACAAUUUCGGAAAGCGACCAGGCCCAAUUCGAAUCAAAAGAGGUUGCAGAAUCGCUAGGCGUGGCUUUGAACCGUUUUUUUUCAAGGCAUAAAGAUACCAUCAGUGAUUAUGCGCACCGCUUUGCGCAAUCCGUUUUACUUCAGGAGCUCGGUGUUCUUUUUAACCAAACCAACACAACAGAGUUGGAGGCAGAUUUGAGACUUUGGGUAUCACUAUGGUCCGAGAGCCUUGAGGCUGGAUCUCUUGUAGAUCACCACAAAGGGAAUUCUAUCAAAGGAAUGACAACUCGUACUACUAAAUCUAAUCAUAGUGUGAAACCCAGCAGCGUUGGGUGGUCUUGGUGGCGCCAAGUUCCAUUUCAACUCUUUUACACUUUUUUUGGCAGCGACAACUUAACAUCGACAUCCACUCCGCCGUUUGAUCGCGGCACUUUAGGGGUCCCACCAGACCGAUCUGAGAUACAAGGUGGGGAAAACCACUCUAUAAACUUUCCCCCUUUCCUUGUCAACACCAUUAAUUGGUCAAGGCUUUUGCAGUUGGCUGCGAUGCGGGUUCUGCCGUUCUUGGAGCACUCUGCUAAGAUAUUUGCUACCCUUAGCGCGAACCUCCUAAAUCUCACGGACACCAUCUACUCUUUCAUUCUAUUUGUGCUUCUGUUUCGCUAUUUUUCGCAGCUCGAGUACUCUCUCCUUUACUAUGCCAUUGUUAAGGUACUAGUGGUCGAACAACGGGAGUACCGAGAGUAUCGUGCCCAACUAAUCGAGCGCGAGAUCACGCUAUCCUUUAUCACACUCCUUCAAUCCUUUUGGCAUCUAACCUGGUUCCACUUCGCGAUCACCUUCACGAUGUUCAAAUGGUGGGGUCUCCCAACGCCAUUCUUCUGCGGUGUAGUUGCGGUGCUGUUAAUACUCUUUCCUCUCUCACCAAAGUGGCUAAGCCCGUGCUCCAUUGCUCUGCUUGUUUUAGCUUCUCAAACAAUUAUAGAUAAUGGUAUCGUCGGAGUUUUAUGUGACCUGCGAGUUCUUAGCUUUCUUGCGGCGGUUACUUUGGACUACAACGAUAAUUGGCUUCUUCGUGUGACCCAAGGUCCGUCCAGGGACCCCCAUACAGGCAGUAUCAGGAAUGAGAGUAAACAAUUUCCACCUUUUGUGGUUGGCACCAUGGUCGUUCUUGGGUUUGUGGCGUACGGCGCGAUCGGCAUAUUGUUGGGGCCUUUGAUAGCGAUCAUCGCCAAGGUGUUUUUCGAUAACUGGGAGAUAGAGUUACCAAACCCUCCUCCUCUUCAACCUUCCGUGCCACUUGAGUGCAAGAGUCAAUUGCAUCAAGCGUCAUAG